UUCCUCCCUCCUGAUCAUUACAAACACAAGUAGAAUACGAUGAGACCUUGAAGGUUUCAAAUCCGUCAAACCUUUUUCAAUCAAAUGAAAUCGCGCAUUUAUCUCAAUUGAAUCACCCAAGAAAAUCCGCAUUUUAUUAACGGCCGCCGCAUUUUUUGAUAUUGUAAACAUCACUCCGAUCUUAUUCACGUUGGCCGAAAAACAUCCUCAUACGACAGGCUCGUGCACAUGAUACUACUUUGAAUGAUUAUUGAAAGAUGGACGACUUUGACGAUUUCGUAACGCCCGCUUACAAUUCCGGUGCUCCUCCACCGGAAGGUACCUCUUCUCACCGACCUGUUCAUCAUCUACAGAGUGGAAGUGCUCAACAACAACAAGCAGGUCAAUCUAGGUCACCAUUUGCUACAGACCCUUUUGCUGCAAGUUCGGAAUCUUUAGGUUUAGGCACUUAUUCUCAUUCCGUCAAUCGAGGCCGUAACGAUCAGUCCGCAGCACCUUCACACGUCUUGGUUGAUGCGGAUGAUCCUGAUUUGUUAGGUGACGACGAUUUUGACGAUUAUCUUGGCAGAGGUACAAGUGCAAGUGGAGCGAACAAAAGCUCGAGUGGCUCAAGAGCAUAUCCACCAAAUGGAAGGUUUGCUGAAAACAGUAAAGUAUCACUAGGUGGAACGAGUGAUUUAGCCGUUCCUCGUCUGCCAUUCACACAACAAGUUGCAGGUAGUCAAGAGAGUGGCUUGCCAUUUGCUAUGAGUGGUGCCACACCCGCUGGUCAUGAAGGUCCAUUCUCAGACAUGUACAGAACACAUACAAAUCAAAGUGGGGCAGGUUUCAAGAGUAUAGAAGCAGAUGAUGAGCCAUACGAUUCACCAAUCUCACCUGCCGGUGCCAAGCGUGGCUAUGGGAACGGUGCAGGAGCACAGAGGAAAGCCAAAGCUUAUGACACCGCUUCAGCAGGACGAUCACGCAAACCGCCCAGAGAUUCGCCUUUUGAUGGCGUAAAACGAUCGAUACGUACGAUGCGUGCAGAUUUUGCACGAAUGAUGAACAAAAAAGGUGCAGCAAAGAAGGAAGCAGAAGGUGAACGUGUGAUCAGACUGAAUGAUCCAGUCACAAAUGAUCGUGAAGGCAACUUUGGUGAUAAUUAUAUCAGCACGAGCAAGUACAACGCAGUUACUUUUGUGCCCAAAUUCCUCAUCGAACAAUUUUCACGUUAUGCAAACUUGUUCUUCUUGUUCACAGCGGUUAUUCAACAAGUGCCCGGUGUCAGUCCUACAAAUCGGUAUACGACAAUUGUCCCUUUGGCAUUAGUACUUCUUGCCAGUGCUUUCAAAGAGCUGAAAGAGGAUUUCGCCAGACAUCGAUCUGAUUCUGAACUAAACGCACGCAUUGCUCAAGUUCUGGAACCAGGCUCAGGAACAUUUGAGUCGAGAAGAUGGAGGCAUAUUCGAGUAGGUGACAUUGUUCGUGUGGAAUCCAACGAAUUCUUCCCAGCAGAUUUGGUUCUGAUAAGCAGUUCCGAGCCUGAGGGAUUAUGUUAUGUUGAGACGGCCAAUUUGGACGGAGAAACAAAUUUGAAAAUCAAACAAGCCUCACCUGAUACAGCUAGAAUCACAACACCACCAUCAGCAUCAGCUUUGCGAGGUCAUAUGCUAUCCGAGCAUCCAAACAAUAGUCUUUACACUUUUGAUGCCACCCUACAUCUGCAAUUAAGUUCAACGCCCGGAUUCAGCGGAGUGCCAACAAAACAAAUUCCCCUGUCUCCUGAGCAAAUGUUGUUGAGAGGUGCGCAACUUCGUAAUACACCAUGGAUUUAUGGUCUGGUCGUAUUUACCGGUCAUGAGACUAAAUUGAUGAGGAAUGCAACAGCCGCACCGAUCAAACGUACAGCGGUCGAGAAGCAAGUCAACGUUUUGAUCUUGCUAUUGUUCGCUCUUCUACUGAUUUUAUCCAUUGCUUCGGCUAUUGGUGCAAUCGUGAGAGAUUCGGCCUAUGCUAGUGAGAUGCAAUAUCUACUCUUGUCUGAAGAUUCAAAAGGAAAAGCAAGAUUGUUCGUGGAAGAUAUCUUGACUUUCAUCAUCGCAUACAACAACUUGAUUCCUAUCAGUUUGAUCGUCACUAUUGAGGUGGUCAAGUAUCAGCAAGCCCAAUUGAUCAACUCCGAUUUGGACAUGUACUACCCUGCAACAGAUACACCCGCUCUGUGUCGUACGUCAAGCUUGGUGGAAGAAUUGGGACAGAUCGACUACAUUUUCAGCGAUAAGACCGGUACCUUGACCAGAAAUGAGAUGGAAUUCCGGCAAGCAAGUAUUGGAGGAAUCUCAUACAACGAUACAAUCGAUGAGAGCAAGCAAGAUUUCGGUCAAGUUGGGCCUGAUGGACGAGAAGUUGGAAGUCAACGUACUUGGGCAGAAUUGCAAUCCAUGAUGAAUGGCGAAGUACCUGACGAUGGAAGUACAGCGGUGAUUCAUGAGUUUUUGACGCUGUUGGCAGUAUGUCAUACAGUCAUUCCAGAAAAUCGUGACGGUCGCGUCACAUUUCAAGCCUCAAGUCCAGAUGAAGCAGCUUUGGUUUCAGGUGCUCAAUCAUUGGGAUACGAAUUCUUUGUGCGAAAGCCUAGAUCGAUUUUCAUCAGCGUUCGGGGUAUGGAACAAGAAUUUGAAAUUUUGAACGUUUGUGAAUUCAACAGUACACGUAAAAGAAUGUCAACGAUUGUUCGAGGACCUGAUGGUAAGAUCAAGCUUUACUGCAAAGGUGCUGAUACUGUCAUUAUGGCACGCUUGAGUGAAAACCAAGCCUUUACCGAUCAGACUAUGGUUCAUUUGGAAGACUUCGCAACUGAAGGUUUGCGAACAUUGUGUGUUGCAAUGCGUGAAAUUCCUGAACAAGAAUACCGACAAUGGUCACGUAUGUACGAUCAAGCUGCUGCAACGAUUGUAGACCGUUCAGAAGCUUUAGACAAAGCAGCUGAUGUGAUUGAACAGAACAUGUUCCUGCUAGGAGCAACGGCAAUUGAAGACAAGCUACAAGAUGGCGUACCGGAAACCAUUCACACUCUACAAACUGCUGGCAUUAAGGUUUGGGUUCUUACAGGUGACAGACAAGAAACUGCCAUCAAUAUCGGUCUAUCUUGUCGAUUGAUCUCAGAAUCGAUGAACUUGGUCAUUGUCAACGAAGAAACUCCGCAUGAUACCGCAGACCUUCUCACAAGACGAUUGGCAGCCGUCAAAGCACAAAGGAGCGAAGGUGAUAAUGAAGAUAUGGCUUUGAUUAUUGAUGGGAAGAGUUUGACGUUUGCCCUGGAGAAAGAUAUUGCAAAAAUCUUUUUGGAAUUAGCAAUCAUGUGCAAAGCUGUCAUUUGCUGUCGUGUAUCCCCUCUGCAAAAGGCAUUGGUGGUCAAAUUGGUCAAGAAGAAUAUGCCCGCUCUUUUGUUGGCAAUUGGAGAUGGAGCGAACGAUGUGAGCAUGAUUCAAGCUGCUCAUGUUGGUGUUGGUAUUAGCGGUGUUGAAGGUCUUCAAGCUGCUAGAUCUGCAGAUGUCGCCAUCAGUCAAUUCCGUUACUUACGCAAGCUCUUACUUGUUCAUGGCUCUUGGAGUUAUGCACGUUUGAGUAAGAUGAUCUUAUACUCAUUCUACAAGAACAUCACGCUUUAUAUGACCCUUUUCUGGUACGCAUUCCAAAAUUCGUUCUCUGGACAAGUCGCAUUUGAAUCUUGGACGUUGUCAUUCUACAACGUCAUCUUUACCGUCUUACCUCCUUUGGUGAUUGGUAUCUUUGAUCAAUAUCUCAGCGCAAGAAUGUUGGACAGAUAUCCACAGUUGUACGGUCAAGUCUUUUUCAACAAGAGACGAUUUUGGGGUUGGACAUUGAAUGCUUUUUAUCAUUCUUUGAUCGCAUUCAUCUUUGUCACGAUUGCCUUUUGGGCAACACCACAAGAUGAUGGAGGUUACGGAGCAUAUAUGUGGAUUUGGGGUACAACUCUGUACUUUGCCGUUUUGAUGACAGUUUUAGGUAAAGCUGCUUUGGUUUCGGAUUUAUGGACAAAGUAUACGUUUGCUGCUAUUCCUGGUUCGGCGGUGUUUACUUUGGCAUUCAUUGCGGUUUACGCUUACGUUGCACCUGCGAUUGGAUUCAGUAAAGAAUAUACAGGAAUCGUACCAAGAUUAUAUGGAUUUUCUUUGUUUUGGUUCUGUAUGGUUCUUGUUCCUGCCGUUUGUUUGAUACGGGAUUUUGCAUGGAAAUAUUGGUCAAGAACAUACCGACCAACAUCGCAAGAUAUCGUUCAUGAAGUUCAAGUUUUAGGUUUACAAGAUCAUAGACCAAGAAUGAGUCAAUUCCAACGUGCCAUCAAAAAAGUUCGUGCCGUUCAACGUAUUAGACGUCAACGUGGUUAUGCAUUCAGUCAAACCGAAGGAGCUGAUCAAGAACAAGCAAGAUUGAUCAGAAUGUAUGAUACCACUCAAGUUCGACCUUCUGGUUUGUAGUUGAAAGAAAAGAAAAUGAAUCUGUACAACAUUAUUCAUCAAUUUGAUUAGUUUUCUCACAGAAUGUCGAGAAAGAUAUAGAGU